AUGGGCGACGCGGAGACUCUCGCGGGCGCGCGGAACCGUCUGCUGCACGUGGCGCGCAGCAGCGCGGCGGAAGGCGCGGAUUUCGUGGUUGCGAUCGAGGGGGGAGUGGAGUGGUGCCGGUUCUCCGAUCCCCCCCAGCUCAUGUGCUUCGCAUGGGCUGUCGUACUCUCCACGUCCGCGCGCGCGGACGACGAGGCGGAAGCGGACGGCGCGGUGGUGGGCGGAAGCGGGGAGGGUGGGGGCGCGGCUCCCGGGGCGGGGAACGGGAGACAGCAGCAGGGGAGGGGAGUGGGGGAGGCGACAGGGGGCGGGGCCGGGGAUGGGGGAGCGGGGAGGAGAGGAGGAGCGGCGCUUGGAGGAGUGAAUGGGGGGAGAGGGGGCGGGGGAGGCUUAGGGGGAGGCGGAGGGAACGCGAUUUCGGGGGAGACGAGAGCGCGGACGGCCGCGUUCAUGCUUCCGCCACCACUGGCGGAACUGGUGCAAGGUGCGGGGGGGGAGGGGUGUGGGGAGGGGGGAGGGGUGGGAGAAGAACGGGGGGGAGGAGGGGACGUGGGGGCAGGGGAAGGGAAAAGAGUGACUGGGAUGGUGGGGGCGUGUGCCAUGUGGGAAGGGCGUGUGCCAUGUGGGAAGGGCGUGUGCCAUGUGGGAAGGGUGUGUGCCAUGUGGGAAGGGCGUGUGCCAUGUGGGAAGGGCGUGUGCCAUGUGGGAAGGGUGUGUGCCAUGUGGGAAGGGCGUGUGCCAUGUGGGAAGGGCGUGUGCCAUGUGGGAAGGGCGUGUGCCAUCUGGGAAGGGCGUGUGCCAUGUGGGAAGGGCGUGUGCUAUGUGGGAAGGGCGUGUGCCAUGUGGGAAGGGCGUGUGCCAUGUGGGAAGGGCGUGUGCCACGUGGGAAGGGUGUGUGCCACGUGGAAAGGGUCUGUGCUAUUGUGUUGA